AAAGGCGAAGCAGCUGCAGCGCGGGCUCCCCAGCAGCGCUCUCCAGCCGGGGGAGGCGUAACAAAGGCAUCCGAGCCGCUUUCUGCGGCAACUAUUGCCAUUAAAGCCGGGUGGUCGCCGGGGGGGAGGGGGGAAGCCGCCGCCGCCGCCGCGUUUCAGCCGCUUCGCAUUUCGAGCCGCCGCCUUCCCUGCGCGCCCAGCGGGCACAUCCGAGGGAGAAGGUGCUCGCGAGGCUCCGGAGAGCAGGUUGAACUUCAAGAUGUCCUUUGGGAGAGAUAUGGAGCUGGAGCAUUUUGACGAGCGUGAUAAAGCGCAGCGGUAUGGCAGAGGGUCCCGGGUAAAUGGUUUGCCUAGCCCUACCCACAGUGCCCACUGCAGCUUUUAUCGUACCCGUACUCUACAGACCCUCAGUUCUGAGAAAAAAGCUAAGAAAGUUCGCUUCUAUCGUAAUGGAGACCGGUAUUUCAAAGGGAUUGUGUAUGCCAUCUCCCCUGACCGGUUUAGAUCCUUUGAGGCUCUGCUGGCUGAUCUGACCCGAACUCUAUCUGACAAUGUGAAUCUGCCCCAGGGGGUGAGAACAAUCUACACAAUUGAUGGCUCCAAGAAGAUCUCCUCCUUGGACCAGCUAGUAGAAGGGGAAAGCUAUGUAUGUGGUUCAAUAGAACCCUUCAAGAAGCUGGAGUACACGAAGAAUGUAAACCCAAACUGGUCAGUGAAUGUUAAGACAACUUCUACUUCCCGUUCAGUGCCGUCCCUUGCCACUGCCAAAGGAGGUACUCCAGAUGCAAAAGAGAAUAAGGAUUUCAUUAGGCCUAAGCUAGUCACUAUCAUCAGGAGUGGAGUGAAACCACGUAAAGCAGUCCGGAUUCUGCUUAACAAGAAGACAGCACAUUCGUUUGAACAGGUUCUGACUGAUAUAACAGAUGCCAUCAAGCUGGAUUCAGGGGUGGUUAAACGCCUGUACACACUAGAUGGAAAACAGGUGAUGUGCCUUCAGGAUUUCUUUGGUGAUGAUGACAUUUUUAUUGCAUGUGGACCAGAAAAGUUCCGUUACCAGGACGAUUUCUUGCUGGAUGAAAGUGAAUGUCGGGUAGUGAAAUCCACUUCUUAUACCAAAAUAGCUUCAGCUUCACGUAGGAGCACCACCAAGAGCCCGGGCCCAUCUCGACGCAGCAAGUCUCCUGCCUCUACCAGCUCAGUGAAUGGAACCCCUGGUAGCCAGCUUUCUACUCCCCGCUCUGGGAAGUCUCCAAGCCCAUCUCCUACCAGCCCAGGAAGUCUACGGAAACAGAGGAGCUCCCAACACAGUGGCUCCUCUACCUCGUUAGCAUCCACCAAAGUUUGCAGCUCUAUGGACGAAAAUGAUGGACCCGCAGAAGAAGUGUUGGAGGAAGGCUUCCAGGUUCCAGCAUCAAUAGCAGAGCGAUAUAAAGUUGGAAGGACUAUAGGAGAUGGAAAUUUUGCUAUUGUGAAGGAGUGUAUAGAAAGAUCAACUGGUAGAGAAUAUGCUCUGAAAAUAAUCAAAAAAAGUAAAUGUAGAGGAAAAGAACACAUGAUCCAGAAUGAGGUGUCUAUUUUAAGACGGGUCAAACAUCCAAAUAUUGUACUUCUGAUUGAGGAGAUGGACAUGCCAACUGAAUUGUACCUGGUCAUGGAACUUGUAAAGGGAGGAGAUCUUUUUGAUGCUAUUACUUCCACCAACAAAUACACAGAGCGGGAUGCCAGUGGGAUGCUUUACAAUCUGGCCAGUGCCAUCAAGUAUCUUCACAGCUUGAACAUUGUUCACAGGGAUAUCAAGCCUGAGAAUUUGCUGGUUUAUGAACACCAAGAUGGAAGCAAGUCUCUGAAACUAGGAGACUUUGGCCUAGCAACAAUUGUGGAUGGACCUCUUUAUACUGUUUGUGGGACCCCAACAUAUGUAGCUCCAGAAAUCAUUGCUGAAACUGGCUAUGGCCUGAAGGUGGACAUCUGGGCAGCAGGAGUGAUAACUUACAUCCUGCUCUGUGGUUUUCCUCCAUUCCGUGGAAGUGGAGAUGACCAAGAAGUGCUUUUUGAUCAGAUUUUGAUGGGACAGGUGGAUUUUCCGUCUCCAUAUUGGGACAAUGUUUCUGACUCUGCAAAGGAACUUAUCACGAUGAUGCUUCAAGUAGAUGUAGAUCUGCGAUUCUCAGCCUUGCAAGUUCUUGAACAUCCAUGGGUUAAUGAUGAUGGCCUCCCAGAGAAUGAACAUCAGCUAUCGGUAGCUGGGAAGAUAAAGAAGCAUUUCAACACAGGCCCUAAACCGAACAGCACAGCAGCUGGAGUUUCUGUCAUAGCACUGGACCACGGGUUUACCAUCAAGCGAUCAGGGUCUUUGGACUACUACCAACAACCAGGAAUGUAUUGGAUAAGACCACCGCUCUUGAUAAGGAGAGGCAGGUUUUCCGACGAAGACGCAACCAGGAUGUGAGGGGAUGUUAUAAGGCACAGCAAGCUCCACCUGAACUCAACUCCGAAUCGGAAGACUAUUCACCAAGUUCAUCCGAGACUGUUCGCUCACCUAACU